UGGGGUCGAUGCCCUUCAGAGGGCUGGGAGCAGGUAGCCGCUGUCUGCUAGAGGGACCUGCGUGAUGCCAGCCUCUCUCAGCUGGGCACCGAGCCCUGUCUCCCGCCUCCCUGCCAACCCCCUCAACUAAAGCGUUAACAAGCCCCUCUCGCUACUUCUCCCUUCGCUGUUGAGUGACGGCUGCUCCACUGAACAGCAAAGAGCUGUCGCUGCAAUUAACUGGUGACUGAGGUGUCAGCAUUGGAGGUGACAGAAACAUGGGGGAUGCAAAGGAGAACGGACUGAGUGAUCAAGGCGAAGGUAAUGAAAAGCCGAGACGUUACAGUGAAAUAUUCCGGGAGCUGGAUGCGCUAGAAAUUUCCUUCGGAAACUCCACAGUCGACCUCUUCAUGAUGGAAACAGAGGACAGCUUCAUUUCCACUGACCCAUCUCCAGAUGAAGAGAUUGCGGUGAAUGAGGAUUUCUACUCAGAAUAUCACCACGACUUGAUCAAGGAGCGAGAUGCUAUCCAGACAAACGUGGAAGAGGCCGAUGAAAUGCUGAUGAGGUGUGAAGGAGGUGUCGAAUCAGCCCUUCUAUAUGCCAAACUCUGGGCCAAAUACACAAAGGAACUGCUGUCGUGGAUGGAAAGGCGGAUCUCUGUGGAAAUUGAAUUCUCGAAGAGCAUGGUUCGGAUGGCCGAAAUGACCAAGAAUUCAAUCAACCAAGAGAAAUUCAUGCCUUUUCAAUACAUUUAUAUGAUGGCUCUGCAGCAUGACAUCCAACACAGUCAGAGGACAAUUAAAUCCAGGAAUUCACUGCAGCACAAUAAAUAUAUCCAGCCUCUGAUGUUGAGAAGAAACGAACUGGAGAAACAGCGGCGGGACUUUAAGGAGCAGUGGCAGAGGGAGCAACGUAAAAUGAAUGAUGCAUUGACAGCACUGCGGAAGUCAAAACAGAUGUACUAUCAGCGCUGUGAGGAUUUUGAAAAGGCGAAACAGCAAAGCGCAAAGGCAGAGGAAGAGCAGCUUUCCAUGAUUGUCAGUGGUACUACCCCCGGCAGUGCCAGCAAGCAACUGGAGAAACGCAGGCGGUCAAAGGAUGAAGCGCAGAUAAAGGUUCAAGAAGCCGAGAUUUAUUAUAGAAACUGUGUUUUCGAGGCCAACAUCAAGCACAAGGAACUGGACACACUGAAAGUGAGGAUUGUUACACAGCUUCGUAAACUCAUCGACCAGGGUGACCUCAUACUGAAAGAGGUCUCUGUGAACCUGUUCCAAAUGCAGGAGGAACAAAUCGAACAAGUGCCGCUGGCCUUCCACUCACUGCACGAGAACAUCAAACCUUACGAGCCUGGCCAGAAAUAUUUUGAGUUUAUUCAGAAUCUGGAUAAGAAAAUGCAGCCUAUGGAGUUCUAUGCGUUUGAGGAGUUUGCUACCCCCAGCAGGAGGUCGUCCCCUACUGGAAGGAGAAGAAGUGGUACCAAUUUGCUGCAUCGAUCGUCAGCAUCUUCUGGUGACUUGCUGAGCUUGUCAGACGAGUUUGAAAACAAACUGAUGUUUCGAAAUGCAGUUGGGACCAAACCUGCUUUAAGUGAUUCAGAAAGCACUGGAGUGAGCAGUGAAUCACGUUCCUUGGAUUCCCCGAUGUCCAGUCCAGCUCAUUUCGGUAGGAAGCUACCAAAAGCCAUGUCUUCUGCAAUAUCUCUAGAUGAAUUUGAAGAGAGAGAUUUGAACCGAUCACAAGAUAGUGAUUUGACCGACUUGAUCAAUGAAACUCCAGGAACGGCAGGGCGUUUCAAGAAAAUCUCACUCUCCAAAGCAGCACAGACUCACCGCCUGAGGAAACUCCGAGCACCGAACAAAUGCCGCGAGUGUGAAGGCCUCAUUGUGGUGAAUGGAGCCGAGUGUGAGGAGGUGAGGUGUCUGAGGCAUUGCUAUUAUUAUCCAGGCACCAUCAAGUGCAGUCCAAGGUGGCACAAACUAUGA